AUGGCUCUCAUGGUGAAGAAGCUUAAUCAUCUCUCCAUGACUAUGCCCAAAGGGAGCUCUACUUCUAUUCUCAGGAUGUUUGUCACUUCAUCACCCAUGCCACCUGCCCAGGGUGGCACACCAAACCAAGAGAACACCAUGCAAGAGAUGACCAGUGAUGUCAACCCUGAAUCAAAUGACACAUCUAGAGGCAUUGCUAGCUCUACUACGGAGCAUGUGAUUGAAACUGCUGAAGAGAUGGGAGAACAAGCGCAAGAGAUGAUCCAAGAUGCUUGGAGUUCAGCGAAGGAGACGGCUGAAAGCAAGGCUCACGAGUCCAAGGAAACGAUCAAAGAUUGUGCUGAGCGUGUCAAGCGUGCUAUGAACACCAAGGAACGAAUUUAAUUAAUUAUCAUCAUAUGAAACUACUUAAU